AUGGUGACUGCUCUGAUGAAGGCUUUUGUUUUGCUUUCAGACAAUGAGUAUAUAUUUAUGGAUUUGGAGCAAAAGCUCAGCAAGUACUUCUCAAAAGAUUGGAAGAAAGAAAUAAAUGAAGGAAAUGAGAAACCCAGAGCCCCCUUCGUGGCCUUCCUCCGAGUGCAGCACUACGUGGAAAACGGAAGGGUCAUAAGCGACCACAGGGCACGGCACCUAUACUACUGCCACUUGAAGGAGCGCGUGCUGAGGUCACAGUGCACCCACCGGGAGGAGGCCUACUUCCUGCUGGCCGCGUGCGCGCUGCAGGCCGACCUGGGCGAGCACCAGGAGCCGGCCCACGCCGGGAGGUACUUCGAGCCACACUCCUACUUCCCACAGUGGAUCAUCACCAAGAGGGGGAUUGACUACAUCCUCCGGCACGUGCCCACCCUGCACCGUGAGCGCCAGGGCCUGAGCCCCAAGGAGGCCGUGCUGUGCUUCAUCCAGGAGGCCUGCCAGCUGGAGGACGUGCCCGUGCACUUCUUCAGGCUGCACAAGGAUAAGAAGGAAGGUUGCCCCACCGUCAUCCUGGGACUGGCCCUCAGGGGAGUGCACAUCUACCAGGAGGUGGACCGUGCUCCGCAGCUGCUGUACGACCUCCCCUGGCCCCACAUUGGGAAGCUGGCAUUUCUGGGGAAGAAGCUGGAGAUCCAGCUGGACGGGCUGCCCGCAGCACAGAAGCUGGUUUACUACACGGGCUGCACCUGGCGCUCGAGGCACCUGCUGCACCUGCUGUGCGCCAGCCACCAGCUCCACCUCCGCGUGCGGCCCACUCUGCAACAGCUGCGGCAGCGGGAGGAGGCAGAAGAGAAGCAGCGCUACCGGGAGUCCUAUAUCAGCGAUGGGCUGGAGCUGGACCCAGCCAGCAGGAGCUCCCCAGGCAGUGGGGUCAGCAGCCAGCACUGCCCCCACUGCCUCUCACACCACUCCGCCAACAGCCACGGCAGUUCCUACACGUCAGGCAUCAAGGCCGACUCCUGGCUCAGGGAAUCCAGAGAGAUGUCUGUGGACGUGCCCUUGGAGGUUCAUGGCCUCCGUGAGAAGGAGCCGUCCUCCAGCCCCAGGACCAGCCGCAGCCACCCCAGCACACGUGGUGACAGCCAAGCCACUCGCCAGGAGCCCUGCGCCAAGGUCAGGACCAGAGGCCAGAGCGCCAAGGCCAUGCGCCAGAUCCAGGAAAUGAAAGCCGGGGUCAGUGAGGAGCAGCACAGCUGCAGCCUGGACGACAUGAGUCUGCACCAGCUGGCCCUGCACCCAGCACCCGCCUCACUCAGACAUACCUUCCACUGGGCCCUGGACUGCAGGCUGACGGGCCCCUGCGAGAUCAGGGCCACUCCUCUCCCCAGCAAGGGGUCCAGCAACUGCCUCGCCCCGGACCUGUUCAGAGAGGCCCCACCACAGGAGUUUGUGGUGUAGGCACCACCCACCCAGCAGCGCCGUCUGCACCGCCAGGCUCAGCCCCCGCCCACCCCGCUGCCAUGUGGCCCUCGGCUCUUCCUGCCCGCCAGAUGCUGUCCGCACCUCCGCAGCCAGCACACUCCACAGGUUCACCUGUAAGAGGUGUGGAGCUGACUCUGACAUCAACCUGGGAGGUGACAAACAGGUCCCGCACCUCAUGCCUGUCUGCGGUGCACCCGGGAGCUCCUUCCCUCAGGGUCUCCAGGGAGCAGGUUCGAGGUCUGGCUGUCGAGUGUCCAGAUAGCCAUGGCAUUGGCCCCUGAGGCAGCCUGUCAGCCAUCCUUAUCUGGGAGAGAAGGUGACACAGCUGGGCCCCGACCCUAGAGAGAGAGCUCUGCGGUUUCCCACGCUGCCAGCUCCCCGAGAGACAGUCCCGACGGGCACAGGCUGCCAGCGCUCUGGAGCCGGAGUUCACGGUCCUCAUCCCUGUGCAGGACCCAGGCUCCUCCCAGACCUGAGCCCCUCUCUGCAACUCACGUUUGCAAGCGCUGGGCCUGCCAGACACAUGCCCCUCUGGAGGUGCAAGCCCAGCUCUGUCACCUGAGAUCCAGCCAGAGACCCUCCUCCACCAGCCACAGUCAGUGGCUGUGCUUUCCCUUCCAAGCCAGGGCUUCCAAAGACCCCACGGCCCCAGAGCUGAAGCCGACUCUGCUCCCAUCUCAGCCAUGAGGCCUCCGGCCCCACUCUGCUCACAGGUGGCUUCCUUAAGCCAUUGCCCUGGCUGGGGUGGGGCUGGUGCAGCCCCGCUGGCGGAGGGGAGAGGCUUCGGUGACAGAUGGAGAGUGGGGGACUGGCUGUGCACGGCACCUGCUCUGAUCUGGUGGGCUCCGUGGGUAAUGCCACCUCGGUUCCAUGGGCUCUGGAAGGCCACCAGGGUACGUUCUCCCCAGGGCUCCUCCCCCUGCACAACACUCCUGCACACGUGCAAACCUGCUGUCCUCUGCGUUUAGAGGAAUGGCCCGUGCAUCCCUGCUAGUCUCAGGCCCAUCCCAGAGCACUGAGAGGCCACAAUGGUUCAACCUUGUGCCCUGAACACCAUUGCCCCCUUCACUGUCUGUGUGUGGUGAAGACCACGCCACACCACCCUCCAGCUCACUGGAGACAAGCACGGGCUUGAACCGCAUGGCCUGGCACAGGGCUGCGUGCACUGAGGCUGCCUCUUCGACAGGCCUAUCCGGGGGGCCCUCUCCUUUCUGUGAAAGGGAAUCGUGUGUGUGCCCCAGGCACAUGUAAUAAAGAACCCGAGCAGAUGCCUCCUGCUUGAACCAGGACCAGCCUGCCUGGGGGGCUGGUGAGAUGCCGGCUGUAACUCA